AUGCCGAGUUUGGCCAGGUUGUGCGGCAGCUCAGCAACGUCCUUCUCGGAUGUGGAUCUCCACAAUGUCUUUCCAGAUCGGAGUGUCCAUACGGGCCCACGUGGUGUCUGUGAGAGGCAUGGCGGCAAUGGCUCUUUCAAUCACGUUCUGGGGACACGAUUUGUACAGGUACUGUCCGACGCUGCUGCGCGAGAUCUCCCAGUCGAAAUUGACCGGCGCUGCUACCGUUUUCGAGGCAUAGCUUUUCAUUUCCGCAAGGCUUGGGAACUGUUUGGCCUGCAUCAAUUUGGAAAACUCCUGGUACUCCUGUUCGGUUGCAGCCGCCUGGACUGCCUCUGGGAAGGUCAUCACUUUGGCCUCGGCGAGCCAUUUGAAACGUGCUUCUUGAACAUCCUCCCCAGCCUCAAUGGCCUUGUUCACCGCAUGGAUCAACGUGCCAACCUCCAGGUUGGUGGCUCCCUUGACGUACUUGUGGUCACGGUAGUCCACCACAGACGUGAUGAACUCGGCAUGGUAGCUGUCGAUCCGCGACAUCAACAACAUCUCGGAACCCAUAACGUCCAUCUGGAAACGAGCAGCAGUAAGUCUACGCAAGUACUCGGAGAACGGAACAACGGUUCUUCCAACCUUCUCGGUGAACUUCUUGAGUCCAAUGGCCAGGUCAUCAAAAUGAACCAUGGCAGUGCCCGCCUCCACAAACAUCUUGGUCUCCUUCAUGAUCGCAGUGACGCUUCCAAAACCCAUAUCGCCGUCUGCAACCAUUGGCAGCAGAUAGUCGUUGAUCUGGAACUUCUGCUGCUCUUCUUUGGAAAGCCCCAGAAAGUACGACUUCUGUCUUCUGUCAUGGAAACACUGGGACUUGAACAGGUGUGA